GAAGAGGAGGAGGAACGGCAGCGAAGAGGAUGGUCACAUCCCCCAGACCAAACGCAGCACCAGGAACACUGUCCUCCAGGACUCCUGGGACACUGAG